CAGCACAAAAUGGUCAUAUUAAAGUGGUCAGUGUCCUUGUACAAGAUUAUGGUGCUUUAUUGGAAGCAAUAACAUUGGACAAUCAAACAGCAUUACAUUUUGCUGCACGUUAUGGGCAAUUAGCUGUAGCACAAACAUUACUUACACUUGGUGCAAAUCCAAAUGCGCGAGAUGAUAAAGGACAAACACCGCUUCAUUUAGCAGCUGAA